ACUAACUGCAGAAUCUCAGUUGAACCACAGGGCCACGGCUAUGCCUUCAGAGCUCACGUACCUACCUGGAUGGCCAGGCUGGUGGCAGUACCCGCGCAGAUCGGAAGUGUAAAAACUCAAAACGGGGUUGGAGACAGAAAGUCCACCAUGUUCCUGGCCACUGUGGUGUCAGUGCUCAGAUACAGGUGUAACCUGAGCCCUCACAUGGGAGCCAGAAAUCAGCUGAGGAGGCCUCUGGAGAGAGCUGCUCUAGCCACGGCGGUGGAUGAAGUGGGGCUUCAGCGCAGCUCAUCCGCCCAACAGGCUGGUUUGCACUGAAGUCUUUGGAUUGGAGGACACACGGAGGCUACAAAGCACUGAAUCACUGACCUGAGGAAGUACAGCUUAUCUGGAAGCAGCAUGUACUCACCCAUCCCCCAGAGCGGCUCUCCGUUCCCAGCCUCAGUGCAAGACCCAGGCUUGCACGUAUGGCGGGUGGAGAAGCUGAGGCCGGUGCCCGUGCCCCGGGAGAACCAGGGCGUCUUCUUCUCCGGGGACUCCUACCUCGUGCUGCACAACGGCCCCGAAGAGGCCUCACAUCUGCACCUGUGGAUAGGCCAGCAGUCGUCCCGGGACGAGCAGGGGGCCUGCGCUGUGCUGGCUGUGCACCUCAACACCCUGCUCGGGGAGCGGCCUGUGCAGCACCGCGAGGCGCAGGGCAACGAGUCCGACCUCUUCAUGAGCUACUUCCCACAUGGCCUCAAGUACCGGGAAGGCGGUGUGGAGUCAGCGUUCCACAAGACCAGCUCAGGGGCCGCCCCGGCCGCCGUUAGGAAACUCUACCAGGUAAAGGGGAAGAAGAACAUCCGGGCCACCGAGAGGACGCUGAGCUGGGACAGCUUCAACACGGGGGACUGCUUCAUCCUGGACCUGGGCCAGAAUAUUUUUGCCUGGUGUGGUGAAAAGUCCAACAUCCUAGAGCGCAAUAAGGCGAGAGACCUGGCCUUGGCCAUCCGGGACAGCGAGCGGCAGGGCAAGGCCCAGGUGGAGAUCAUCACCGAAGGAGAGGAGCCUGCCGAGAUGAUUCAGGUUCUGGGUCCCAAGCCUGCUCUGAAGGAGGGCAGCCCUGAAGAGGACCUCACAGCUGACCAGGCCAAUGCCCAGGCUGCAGCUCUGUAUAAGGUCUCUGAUGCCACUGGACAGAUGAACCUGACCAAAGUGGCUGACUCCAGCCCCUUUGCCUCUGAGCUGCUGGUACCUGAUGACUGCUUCGUGCUGGACAAUGGGCUCUGUGGCAAGAUCUACAUCUGGAAGGGGAGAAAAGCUAAUGAGAAAGAGCGGCAGGCAGCCCUCCAAGUGGCUGAAGGCUUCAUCUCUCGCAUGCAGUAUUCCCCAAGCACUCAGGUGGAGGUCCUGCCCCAGGGCCGGGAGAGUCCCAUCUUCAAGCAAUUCUUCAAGGACUGGAAGUGAGGGUGGGGGUCCCUGUUGCUGCUCCUCUGCCUCCCACCAUCCGCCUGCUUAUUCCUCUGGCUGCUGGGUCAGUACUGAGGUGUUUCUGCGCAUGUUCAAUAAAGGAGGAACGUGCCCUUCCCA